AGACGGGAGGAGAUGAAAGGGGAGAGAGGAUGUGUGAUGUGUGAGGAAAGAGUUAACAUUGUGUGCACUUCCCUUCUCUUCCCCGUGAAGUGCCGCCGCAGUAGUGACGGAGCACAGGAAGCGCUCACACCGACAGACAGACAGACAUGUGAGCCUUCCCCUCCGGUACCGUCACCGCCUCCGGUGCCGAUGGUUUCUUCUUAUAUUGGACGUCACAGCUAUGUCUGUUUUAGUGGUGGAGCGUUGAAAGCAGUGGAGCAAAUAUCUCCGUGACCCGAGGAAUGAGAGGAUGGAGGCAGAUGUUCACAACAAGAAGACACCCUGGGAGAUCAAUGGGUCUUUGGCCCCAGCUGAGCUCCAGCGCAAUAACAGGUCUGAGAGUCCCACCCCUGGGCUGGUCGAGGGGACGGAGCCAGGAGCCAGGCAGGACAGUGCGAUGUUUGUCCACACGAGAUCAUACGAGGACCUGACAGGAGGGGAAGAGGAAAAGAGGAGACAGGAGAGCGAUGAAACCGAUUCCCCCGGCCAGUCUCAGAUGGAAGAGAUCAGCAAGGAUUUCAGUGAGCUCAGCACCCAGCUGAACAGGGUGGUCAUGGAUGAGGAGAUCAGGGAUGGUGAGGUGGAGGGCACGGUCUCCUGUAGAGACUCUGCGUUGUCCGACAAGGAGGAGGAUGUAACCUCUGAGUCCUGGAGACAGCAUCGCAAGCACGUCUUUGUGUUCAGCGAAGCUGGGAAACCAAUUUACUCCCGUUAUGGCACAGAAGAGGCACUAUCCACCACUAUGGGUGUGAUGGUAGCGUUGGUUUCCGUCAUUGAGGCCGGCAAGAAUGUAAUCAAGUCUAUCCAUGCAGAGGGCUACAAGGUGGUGUUUAUCCGCCGCAGUCCCCUGGUGCUGGUGGCUGUAGCUCGGACCCGUCAGUCUGAGCAGGAAGUGGCCAAGGAGCUGCUGUACAUCUACUACCAGAUCAUUAGCCUCCUGACCCUCACCCAGCUCAACCGCAUUUUUGAGCAGAAAACCAACUACGACCUGCGCCGGCUGCUCUCGGGCUCCGAGAGGAUAACAGACAACCUGCUCAACCUGAUGGACAGAGACCCGAGCUUCUUAAUGUGUGCCGUGCGCUGCCUGCCCCUGUCUGCUUCCCUCCGGGACCUGAUCAGCGGGGCCCUCCAGCAGGCAAAGGACAAAAGCCUGGUCUUUUCCAUCCUCAUUGCCCAAAACCAACUGGUGACCCUGGUGAGGAAGAAGGACCAGUUCCUGCACCCUGUGGAUCUCCAUCUUCUGUUCAACCUCAUCAGCGCCUCCUCCUCCUUCCGGGAGGGUGAGGUCUGGACGCCCAUCUGUCUGCCCAAGUUCAACUCCAACGGUUUCUUUCACACCCACAUCUCCUACUUGGACCAGGCCAGCAGCCUGUGCCUGAUGCUCAUCUCCACCGAAAGCGAGCACUUCUUCACCAUCUCCAACUGCAAAAGGAAGGUUCUGGAACGUUUGAACAAGCGCAACACCUUCCAGACCUUGCUGGAUGGACUGCAGACUCCGUCCUAUUGCGUCUCUCAAGUGGGGAUCUCAGACCUCAGGCACUUCAUCUACAAAUCAAGGAGCUCAGGCUUGUUCACAAGCCCUGAGGUCGAGCACCCCUACGUGACCCAGGAGGAGCAAGAGAGGCUCCUGGAGCUCUACCAGCAUCUGUACAGUCGCAUCCACAACUCCUCACGGCCGCUGAAGUACAUCUACUACGUGGGACAGAGAGAGAACCUCUUGGCCUGGGUGACCAGUGGGUUUGAACUCUACAUGUGCUUCAGUCCGAUGGGAACGAAGACGGGGGCAGUAAAUGCCAUCACUAAGCUGAUGAAAUGGAUCAGGAAGGAGGAAGAGCGACUGUUCAUCCUGAAUCCACUGACCUACUGAUUCCAAGCUCCAACUUCCCAACACUCUGCUGAACAGUUUCCCCCCCCCCUUUCCUACCCCCCACCCCCCGGACUGACCCACGGGAGGCAACAUCUGCACAUGGGAGGAUACAUUUAUAGAAAACACGUAAUAUACACACACUUGCAAUAUACCCAUACAUGCAAUGUACACCACCACAUGUACGUUUGCGCACACAAUACAUGCACACAAUAUACACAGCUGCACAGAAACAUGGCAACAUGCAAUAUACACACUUGCAAUACACACACACAAAAUACAUAUGCACACACGUGCAAUAUACAUGCCACAUGCAAUAUACCCAUGUAAUAUACAUACAAAAUCGCAAUCUACACACAUGCAACACAUACAGAAAAUACACGUGCCCUCAUAUACGCUACAUGCAACAGACACAACCACACAUGCAAUAUAGACACUCAUAUACACACAGACUCACUCAUACAUGCGUAGAGACACACACACUGUUUGUCAUUGAGAUCUGAUAACAAAGGUUGAAACUCCUCUCAUAACUAUUGUUUGGGUGUUUGAUGAUAUUUGCUUAAAUUGGGAAUAUAUGAUUGUAGUGAUUAGUUGUACAGAAUGUAGGAGUGCCUGCACUAAAAUUUGACCAAAUAUCUUAAGUAAGAUGUAACCCUUUUAAUGUCUUUGAAUUGCUUUGAAUAUAAUAAUUGGAGACUCGUAGCAGUGUUAACACACGAUAUUCACCACUGAUGAUUGAUGGGCAGCUACUAUUAUUGUUUGGUCAUCCGGAGGACUGACGCUCGUGGAGAACCAUCAACAUGUAAAGAGUCUCCAAACCAAGCUACUGAGAGUUCCACGUAUCACAACAAUUAGUUCGAUCCGCCUGACCUUAUCCUCUCUCUGUCCUCCCAUCACCACAGAAUCAAGCUAUUUUAAAUGAGUCCAGUGUACGUACAACCCUCCACCUGCCUUCCUGGCUACCCUGUUCCAGUUGUUAAUUACUGUCUUAGAAAAGAAACACUUCCUGGUGUCUGUCCUGAAAUUCCCUUUGCAACUCUCAAUCUAAAUCCUCUUGUUCUUGUGCUCUUGUAUUGUUCCAGGUUCACUGUUUUAAUCCAAUAUAAAAUUUUAUAUACGUCUACAAGUUCCCCUCGGAGUCAUCUUCUCUCAACAUGAACGGAAGUUUCCAAUUAGAGUGUGCACUCUCUCUCCCCGGAGGGGCACAUCCUACUACCCUAAUCCCAGAAGGUUCAGGUACAGAAUUUGUAAGAUCUGGCCUGCAAGAGGUACAGAGCUGACCAGGUCUUAUUCCUUUGCCGAGUGCUGCCCAUUGGUGAGUUCAGCCCAGAACCUUUUGUAGGGCCUAAACAAGGAGGUUAACGGUAGAAUUGCCAGAAUCCAUGUGUGUAUAGACCCAGGGCAUUGCGGCUGAGGUCAGGAGCUUGAUGAUACAGGGGAAAGCACCCCACUCUCGUGCCAAGUGGAGUUUUCAAUACAUUAACAAAUAAUAACAAUCCUUGCAUUUGAUGUAGCGCCUUAUCAUGUCUUCAAGACGUCUCCAAACGCUUCACGGAACAUACUGUAAAGCCAAUUGACUAUAUUUCAUGGGUGAAAUGUGGCCGCCAAUUGCAUAUACAGUUUCCCACAAGUGAGUAACCACAUUUUUUUUGACAUUGGUCACCUAAAUAUUACAUUGCCAGUUCCAAGUAAAUUAUUGCUGUAGUCCACAAUAAGAGAUUUAGAUGGAGAUGUCCUUUGGCCCAUUUGAUCUCAACCUUGUGAAUUAAAUAGACACCAUUGCAUCUUAAUUUAAAAUGAUUGAAGACCCCACACAGCCCAGUCUUAUACCACAUCGAAUCUACUCUGGGAAUUGCUCUAGUAUGACAUUGUUUGAUGGUGCGACUUGGUUUACUGCCUCACCCAAAGCAUAUUUGAUUUCUAAUUAAUGAUAUUUUGUAAAGUGUAGUAUUCCUGAUAUAAUAGUUACUCUUAGAAAAGGCAGCAGAGACAUAUCCACCAUCAGAAGGGCUGUGCAGUCUGUGGUAUUUACACGAAGGAACUUGUGAAGCCUCUAAAUGUUGCACAACUGCAACCCUUUUCGGAUGAAAUAACACUGCAGCUUUCAAAUCAACCGCAUUGUCUAAAUGGGAGGUGGAAUAAAGAUUUGGGAUGAUCAGAUAUUAAGAGAGGAAAGGUGGAGAAACGGGAUUAGAAAUACAAAGAGCGCCCAUUGAGAGUGCUCAAUGCUAACCCUCCUAUUCCUAUCACAGGAGGUUGCUAUGAAUUUAGCAAACACCAACCAUGUGUAAAGUAUCUGAUUACAGUGUUACACUGAACAACCUCCAACAGCCCAUUCACCACCACCAUCGUAAUCAUUAAAAAAUCAGCAGGACCUGUGGAGUACAUUGAAAUGUUCCAGUAUGUAUUACCAAGUGAUGCUCUACACCUUUAGCCCAGUGAGGCUGUAAGGCAGAGCAGUGCAGAAAGCAGCAGAUGGUUCUAAAAAAGUUGGGAAGAUUGCUCUCUACCCUGAAAACUGUUGGGGCUCAAGUUUAUAAACCCUGAUCUGAUCAAUGGGGAUGAACGCGAAGAGUAAGUGUCAUCCAUGAACUGCUUACACUUACUGGGAGGAACACUAAGUGUCAGUAGGAUUUUAAUUGUGUGAAAGUAACUGCUCGUUAUUGUACAUUCCUUUUCCAGCUUCUUAAUGGAUGUGUGGACAGAAUGCUGUAGGACAUGCAGUUCGCCACUAGGCGGAGCUGCUGCCUCUCAUCACUCACCGAGGACACCUGCAGGUCAACCCUGGGUACUGCAGGUGCAGUACUGGUUGUUCACCUGUAGAGGUCCUCGGUGAGUUCUGGCUGCAGUAGCCCCACCUAGUGGUGAAAUCCCGGUCCUGCAGCAUUCCACCUUUCUGUGCUGACAAUAAGCAUGAAGUUUAAAUAUUUUUUUAACAUAUGCUGUACAGUUGAAGUGGAAGAAACUCGCUUUCUGAUUAACGCGAAUGAGAAUAAACUAUAUGUUUCAUUUCA